UGUUACCUACGUUUCCUUGAGUGAGGGAAGCUUUGACAAGGCAGUGCUGAAGAAGGAUGCUUGACUUUCUAUUCUACUGUUUUCUCGGAAUCUUGUUUACCUACAUCAUACUACUUGUCCUAAUUUUGAUGGGAGAUUGUGACCUCUAUCUACAGUUUGCUUCUAAAUUUGGAAAGAAACCAAGUGCAUUGAAUGGAAAAGUUGUUUGGAUUACAGGGGCUUCGAGUGGAAUUGGUGAAUGUCUGGCAUAUGAGCUUGCGAAAGCAGGAUGUAAACUUUGUCUAUCUGCUCGCAGAGAACAAGAACUGAACAGAGUUAAAAAACAAUGCCUUUUGCAUGGAAACAUUAAAGAAGAGGAUAUUUUGGUGCUGCCUUUGGAUGCUCUGAAAUUUGAGACACAUUCUUCUGCAACUCAAGAUGUUUUGAAAUACUUCAGCAAGAUUGACAUUCUUGUAAACAACGCGGGCCGGUCUCAGCGUGCCUUGUUUGAAGAAACCUCUUUGGAUAUUGACAGAGAGGUGAUUGAACUAAAUGUUCUCGGAGUUCUCUCCCUUACUAAGCAAGUGCUCCCUCAUAUGUUGGAGAGGAAGGAAGGCCACAUUGCAGUCAUGAGCAGUAUUGCAGGAAAACUCAGUGCUCCCAGUUCAGCAUCAUACACAGGAAGCAAGCAUGCUAUACAGGGCUGGUUUUCUACCCUGGGUGUAGAGAUGUCUGACAGGAAUAUAAAGGUCACUCUUCUCUGUCCCGGACCAGUCUUCUCCAAUCUCCUGGAGACAGCCUUCACUGGCAAGGCUGGAGAGGAAUUGAAGGGGAAAAUGGAAUCAUCUGAAAAGAGAAUGUCAACUGCUAGAUGUGCAGAGUUAUGUGCCCUUGCCAUUGCCAACGGUUUAGAUGAAGCAUGGAUUGCUCUUAAUCCUGUGUUACUAUUCACAUAUAUGUUCCAGUAUUUCCCAAACCUAUCUAGGGUAGGUUCCAAAAGAAUGGGACUGAAAAUGUUGAAGAAGAUACGUGAAGGAAAAGUUUAAAAAUUACAGUGCUAUCAUACCAAAUAUGAAAUACUUUCUAUUCUGUGUUUGAAUUGAAUAAAUGCACAGUGCCAUGUAUUGUUGAUAUUACUUUGUUAAAUGAUAUGAUUGCAUUUGAAUUUUUUGUAUAUAACAAAAAGCUUCAUAAAUAAAGUUUCUUUUACGUGAUAUAUACAAGAUA